UCUUCGGGAUUUGGAAAGGGAUCACAUGAAAAUCAAACCAUUCCUCCUCCUACUCCCCCCAACCCCAAUUCCAUCAUUCAAUCAAUCAAUCGCUUAACCUCAAGAGUUAGGACUUACAACUUAGGAGCAACCAAGCAACACCCAUAACUUACUUCCCCAUUUUCAUUAUCUUCUUCCUUCAAUUUCUUUCUCCGCCGUCUUCCGAGGUGAUCUAUGGCUUCUAACUCACCAAAUGAUGUGCCCGCAGGUGCCCAAGAGCCCAAAAGUUCUGCAACGGAAGCAUCCUCUGAGCAGCCACAAUCAGGACAAAGCACAUCUUCUCCUGCUCCUGGAGCUGCAAUUCCGCCAAAUCCUUUUGAUUUCUCAGCUAUGUCAGGCUUGCUUAAUGAUCCAAGCAUCAAGGAACUGGCUGAGCAGAUAGCUAAAGACCCUGCAUUCAACCAGAUGGCUGAGCAAUUGCAGAAAACCUUUCACGGGGGUCCUGUUGAGGAACCACAGUUUGAUCCUCAGCAGUAUUACUCUACUAUGCAGCAGGUGAUGGAGAAUCCUCAGUUUAUGGCCAUGGCGGAACGUCUAGGUGGUGCUUUAAUGCAGGAUCCAUCAAUGUCUGGGAUGCUCGAAAAUUUGGUCAAUCCAGCCCAAAAAGACCAGCUAGAAGAACGAAUGUCUCGUAUUAAAGAAGAUCCAGCAUUGAAGCCUAUAUUGGAAGAGAUAGAGACUGGUGGUCCUGCUGCUAUGAUGAGGUAUUGGAACGAUAAAGACGUUCUCCAAAAGUUGGGUGAGGCUAUGGGUCUAGCAGUUACGGGAGAAGGAGCUACAUCUACUGAGCGUUCUGUACCAGAUGAGUCAGAGGAAGGUGGAAAUGAAGAAGAUGAGUCGAUUGUUCAUCACACUGCUAGUGUUGGCGAUGUGGAGGGUUUGAAGAAUGCAUUGGCUGCUGGUGCUGAUAAAGAUGAAGAGGACUCUGAAGGCAGAACAGCAUUGCAUUUUGCUUGUGGAUACGGGGAGGUCAAGUGUGCUCAAACUCUUCUUGAGGCUGGAGCAAAAGCAGAUGCAUUGGAUAAGAACAAAAAUACUGCACUUCACUAUGCAGCUGGUUACGGGAGGAAAGAGUGUGUAGCGCUUCUGCUGGAGAAUGGUGCUGCUGUUACUCUCCAGAAUCUGGAUGGAAAGACCCCGAUUGAUGUUGCCAAACUGAAUAAUCAACACGAGGUGCUCAAGUUGUUGGAGAAAGAUGCAUUUCUGUGAUUUUGAUGGCGUCUUAGCGGGGAAAUCAAUUAUACUUCUAUGAUGUUAUGGACAACUGAGUGGAAUUGCAUUACAUUCCAUGGGGAAAUGGGGUGGGUUUGUAAUUGCCUAUUAUAGGCCAUAGAUACAACUUCCUCAAUGCCAUUGCUGCUACUCAGCGUGCUGUUAGAUAUUUGGUAUUUUGCUACAUUUGUUGUUCAUGUGUGCCAUAUUCGAAGUUCUUUUGUCUCGAAUAUUCAGAUUAUUGUUCAUGGCUUAUUUUACUGAUAUCUUCUUAUUACA